CACUUGAGCUACAACAUUUUUUAAGAGUUUUCGGAUUCUCUCUCUCAUCUGCGACGUUCCCAAUUUCUCAGAGAACUCAAAUCACCACCACCAGACCCCAAAUCGCCGCCAUGUUCAAACAAGCUUCUCGCCUCCUCUCCCGAUCUGUCGCCGCCGCAUCUUCCAAAUCGGUGACGACUCGUGCCUUUUCAUCGGAAGUUCCAUCGACGAUCGAUUCGACUUUCGUCGAGUCAUGGAAGAAAGUCGCACCGAACAUGGACCCGCCCCAGACUCCCUCCGCCUUCAUGAAACCUCGUCCUUCGACUCCUUCUUCUAUCCCGACGAAGCUCACCGUCAAUUUUGUCCUCCCUUACGCAUCUGAGCUUACCGGCAAAGAGGUCGACAUGGUCAUCAUUCCUGCAACAACAGGACAAAUGGGUGUCUUGCCCGGACACGUUCCAACAAUUGCAGAGCUUAAACCCGGUAUCAUGUCCGUCCAUGAAGGCACUGACGUGAAGAAAUACUUCCUGAGCAGUGGUUUUGCAUUACUCCACGCAAAUUCCGUCGCUGACAUUAUCGCGAUUGAAGCUGUGCCACUUGAACACAUUGACCCUAGCCAAGUCCAAAAGGGUUUAGCUGAGUUCCAACAGAAACUUACUUCUGCUACAACAGAUCUUGAGAAAGCAGAGGCACAGAUUGGUGUUGAGGUUCACAGUGCCAUCAACGCAGCUCUCUCGGGCUAAAAUAAGGGUUUCUCUCUUUCUUUCUUCCUUCUUUAUAUCUUCGAAGAAAAAGAAAAAAAAAACUAAAUCAUUUGGCUUUCAAGUGAUUAGUGAAGUCCCUUUUUACAAGAAAGGAUGGAAUAAACUAGAAAUUGAUUGUUCUUGUUUAAUCGUGUUGGACUUUUGUUUGAAUAAAUGAUUUUGUUUAAAGGGCACAAACCCGGAAAGUGUUUGUUGUGUUCAUAUCCUCGCACCUUUACUUUUGGGUAUGUUUUUUGUUAAUGUUGAGAUACUCCUACGUUGGAAAUUGGAAUUUUAA